CUAAGUAAGAAAACAUUAAUAUUUAAAAGGAUGAGACGUGGAGAUGAUGAUACACGACUUGAAAAUCCACGGGCACGAGCCAACUGGCUCUCAGUUGCCACAUUCUGGUAUACCUUUAAAAUCUUUCGAAUGGGUGCCAGAGCUGAACUAGUCGAAGACGACUUGAUGAAACCUUUAAAGAGCCACGAGGCUGGAAUGUUAGGCGAGAAAUACUCUAGAACAUGGACAGCGGAAUUGAAUAGAGCCGAAAUCGAACACGACUCGCCCAGUUUAUCUAAAGUUAUAAGGACACGCAUUUUUGCAGAGUUUGUAUUGUACGGUUGCUGGUUAUUUUUUAUGGAAGUUGUAAUCCGAUUGUAUCAACCAAUUUUUAUCGGUCUUUUGGUGCGAUAUUUUGACCCAACAAAUGAUCUCAAUACAUUACCACGGAAGGAACCUCUUUAUUUCAAUAGAGCGGUGUUUUUUACACAAAAGAAUCAGUGCGCCAUUUCGAAGGAAGAAGCCUACUUUUACGGAUCGAGUGUUUUCCUGAUCUCCACAAUAGUUACUGCAAUUCUUCACCCUAAUUUAACAGCCAUGAUGCACUUGGGAAUGAAAAUAAGAGUUGGCUGCUGCUCAUUAAUUUAUCGUAAGGUGUUACGUAUAAGAUUAACAGCUCUAGGAGAUAAAGUGGUUGGAAGAGCCAUCAACUUAAUGUCAAACGAUGUGAUGAGAUUUGACAUGGCACCACUAUUUUGGCACUACGUAUGGAUUAGUCCUUUACAGGCCCUAAUUAUAACGUACUACAUGUAUCAAGAAUUAAAAACUUCCGCUUUCAUUGGAAUGCUAGCAAUGGCGGCAAUCAUGCCAUUCCAAGCGUGGCUGGGGCGUCAAAUCAGCAACACGAGGUACACAACGGCAUUCCGUACUGAUAACCGGGUGAGGCAGAUGAACGAAAUUAUACGAGGGAUGCAAGUCAUAAAAAUGUACGCGUGGGAAAAUCCAUUUUUGAAGAAGAUCUCUAUCUCUCGACAGCACGAAAUAAACUCGCUGCGAAUCACUUCUUAUAUAAAAGGUGUUAUAAUGUCCUUCAUCAUGUUUACCGCGCGGUUUGCAUUAUUUUUGAGCAUCACUUCAUAUGUCUACAAUGGCAAUGAGCUUUCAUCUGAAACUGUUUACGUGGUAGCGGCCUACUAUGAAAUUUUGAGGCAGACCAUGACGGUAUAUUUUCCGCAAGGGGUCGCACAAAUCGCGGAAGCUUCCGUGGCAAUAAACCGAAUUCGUGAAUUUCUGCUGUCCCCCGAGGCAGAUGUCGGCGAUAAAACUCCUAUGGAUCCAGACAGUAAAAAAAGAGGGGCAAAGAGUACAACGAAGACCGACAUUAGUCUAAUGGCGAGGAGGAUGGGUCUUCCAAUGGGUAUUGUAAUUGAAGGCGCAUGGGCAAAGUAUGAAGACGAAGUCUGUUUAAAGAACAUCGAUCUGGUUGUGGUACCCGGACAAUUAACCGCGCUCGUUGGUCAAGUUGGUGCUGGUAAAAGUUGCAUGCUUCAGCUAAUACUUGGCGAGCUGCCGCCGUUCGUUGGGACCGCGGAAAUGUACGGCACGGUGUCUUACGCAUCACAAGAACCGUGGUUGUUCGCAGGGAGUGUCAGGCAAAAUAUAUUAUUCGGACAACCGUAUGAUAGAAGUCGAUAUAGAGAGGUAGUUAAAGUAUGCGCUUUGGCGCGGGAUUUUACUCUUUUGCCGUAUGGAGAUAAAACUAUUGUUGGUGAAAGAGGGGCAUCUUUAAGUGGUGGUCAAAGAGCUCGAGUCAAUUUGGCACGUGCCGUUUACAAACAAGCGGACAUUUAUUUACUGGAUGAUCCGCUGUCUGCUGUGGACACUCAUGUUGGACAGCACUUAUUCGACUAUUGCAUUAGUCAAUAUUUGGGCAGCAAGGCGGUGGUGUUAGUCACACAUCAGUUGCAAUAUUUAAAACAAGUACCGCAAAUUGUGAUAAUGCACGAAGGGGAAAUUUUGAUUAAGGGAAGCUACUCAUUUUUACAAAGUAGUGGCUUGCAGUUUUCAAAUAUUAUUGGGGAGGACACAGAAUCUGUUGCACGUUCGAAUACUGCGCCUACCAACCAGUUGCAAGAUAUUUUAAGGAACAUUUCUAUCACCAGUUCAAUGGGGGUUAACGUACAAGCUGGAGGUGAUAAUGAGCCACAGGAAGAACUUGAAAUCCGAUCAUAUGGUGCAAUAGACUGUAAAUUGUUCUAUCAGUACUUUCGUGCAGGCGCCCAUUGCUGUGUACUGCUACUGUUACUAUUGUUCUUUUGUGGGGCACAGUUUUGUGGUUCAUCAACAGAUUUUUACCUUUCUGACUGGAUAAAGCAGCAUGGACAAAGGAAUUCAACUAUUGCAAAUGACAAUCGUACAUCGAUUAAAGAUUUUAUAACGACUUACUCCAUAUACAUAGGUACCACAGCACUUCUGGCACUUUCUCGAUCAUUCUUCUUUUUUACCGUAUGCAUGCGCGCCUCUGUAAACCUGCAUAACAGGAUGUUUAACAGCGUUGUCAGAUCAACGAUGCGCUUUUUUAACGCCAAUCCCUCGGGUCGCAUCUUGAACAGAUUCUCAAAAGAUUUGGGUGCAAUAGACGAGCUUCUGCCAAACGCGAUGAUCGACACUGUGCAAAUUUUCCUGAACUUAGUAGGCGCUUCGGCAGUGAUAGGAGUAAUAGAUCCAAUAUUACUGGCACCAGCACUUGUAAUCUCUAUUUGUUUUUUGCUGUUGCGGAGAUACUACUUGAAAACAAGUCGUAGCAUCAAACGGCUUGAAGGCAUAACAACGAGCCCUGUUUUCUGUCACCUGAAUGGCACUUUGCAGGGAUUAACAACGAUUCGAACCCAUGGGCAGGAAGUAUUACUUACAAGCGAAUUUGAUAAACUUCUCGAUCUACACAGUGGUGCAUGGUAUCUAUUUCUCUGCACGUCAAGAGCAUUCAGUUACUGGAUCGAUUGCCUUUGUUGCGUUUUUAUUGGCGCAAUCGUAUUUAUGUUUUUCGCCAAACAAAACAAGCCGUACAGUUCGGAAGUCGGAAUCUCAAUAACUCAGUGCCUAGGCCUCACUGGCUUACUUCAAUGGGGUAUGCGACAAUCCGCCGAGUUAGAAAACCAAAUGACUGCAGUCGAACGGGUACUCGAAUUUACGAAGAUAGAACAAGAACCACCUUUGGAAUCGAAUCCUGACUAUAAACCUUCAAUCACGUGGCCAUCAAAAGGAAGAAUUACAUUCAGGAAUGCCUACAUGAGAUAUUCCCCAACAGAACCACCUGUCCUCAAAAACUUAAACUUUGUAAUCGAACCUAAAGAGAAGAUCGGAAUAGUCGGCAGAACCGGUGCAGGGAAAUCAUCUUUGAUCGGGGCUUUGUUUCGAUUAGCCUACUUUGAGGGAGAGAUCAUCAUUGAUAAUGUUGAUAUCGGAAGGCUGGGUCUGCACGAUUUACGGAAAAAAAUCUCAAUUAUUCCACAGGAACCCAUCUUGUUUUCGGGUACAAUACGAUACAAUUUAGAUCCUUUCGAGGAGUACCCCGAUACUUCUUUACUGGCGGUUCUUCAAGUAAUAGAGAUCAAAUCUGCGCUUCAGGAUGGAGUUGCGUGCUUGGAUCUAAUGGUAUCCGAAGGCGGUUCAAAUAUUAGCGUGGGAUAUAGGCAACUAAUUUGUCUCGCGAGAGCCCUUCUGAGAAAUAACAAGAUACUCGUGCUCGAUGAAGCUACUGCUAAUGUCGAUGCACAAACGGAUAAGUUUAUCCAAACAACAAUCCGAACCAAAUUCGACAACUGUACGGUACUAACAAUAGCUCAUCGAUUACACACAAUCAUGGAUUCUGAUAAAGUUUUGGUGAUGGAUGCGGGAGAACUGGUUGAAAUGGACCACCCCCACAACUUAUUUAAAAACAAAAAUGGGAAUUUCAGUGGAAUGGUACGGCGAAUGGGUCCCUUACUGGAGGAACAGUUAAAAAAUAUUGCGAAGCUGGAUUAUGAGAAGAAAUUUGGAGCAACAGCAGCACCCCCAACUCCGAGCCCAACUCCCAAGAAAAAAUAAUAGUAGAUCAUCUUACUUAAUGUUACGUUAAUGUUUAACUUAUGACUCAUGAAUAUUGUAAAAAAUAGAAGUAGUGUUAGUAAAGUCUAGAUUUAAAAAGUUUAUUUUAGGUGUAUAUUAUGCAGAAUCGUGUUUUGCUUUCCAAGUAAGGUAUGGUCUUAGGAGUGGUUGUAACAUGAUAGUGCAACUUUGGUUCAGUUCACUGACAUGAUCAAGAAACUUGAUUGGAUAUUUUUAAAUUUGAACCAAUCAAAUUUAGUCAGUCUACCGAACUCAGGUUGAACUAUUAUGAUAUAGGCUAUACACUUAUAACAAUGAAAACUUCAAUACAUAAAAGUAAAAAGAAGAAGACAAGGGACUGAGAGUAAAAUAAAUAACAC